AUGAUUGCGAACGCCGGCAUUCCCACCAAGGCUGGCGGUCUAGAUGAUAAGAUCGAGGACUGGAACAAUGUCCGUGCUAUCGAUUUUGAUGGUGCAUACUACUGCAUGCGGGCUGCUGGCCGUGUCUUCCGUGAACAGAAGCGCGGUGUUGGUAUUAUCACUGCAAGCAUGAGUGGACAUGCUGCGAAUGUUCCUCAAGAGCAGAGCUGCUACAAUGCAUGCAAGGCUGGAUGCAUUCAUCUCGCCAAGAGUCUCUCAGUUGAAUGGGCGAAGUGGGGAGGACGGAUCAACUCAGUCAGUCCUGGAUAUAUCGAUACCGCCAUAUCUGGUGACUGCCCAUUCGAGAUGAAGGAGGAGUGGUUCAGUUUGACCCCAAUGAUGCGAGAUGCUGAUCCCAGGGAGCUAAAAGGCGUAUACUUGUAUCUUGCUAGCGACGCCAGCUCCUACACUACGGGAGCGGAUUUUGUUGUCGAUGGCGGCUAUACAGCUAGGUAA